CAAGCUCUUCUCUCAGAAAGCUCAAAUGGAAAACUCAGCACUAAGCAAUGUCGUGAGGCGAACAGUAAUCUCUAAUCAACAGAGAACAAUACAAGAGGGUCUAGAAGAGAGUAGUUGGGAUAUGUACGUUGAAACCGAAGAUGGUAUCAGCCAUUAUGAAGAUUCUUCCAUGAUCUCAGAUGCUGCGUCUCCUAUAAUCUAUGUCGAAGAAGACACGGCGUCAUCUCCGUCUAACAGAACCAAGGGUUGCAGUGAAAUGGAGAACAAUACGACAGAAGGAAAAACCAUGAACAAUUCUAAAACUGAGGAGAAAGGAUUGAAUAAGAAAGGGAUAAUGAAUGAAGAAUAUUGCGCAGAACUGAAGAAGAGAGGACUUUGUUUAGUGCCUUUGUCGAUGUUGUACAACUACAUUGGUUGAUACUUCGACUGUUUUUAAUCGUAAUCUUUUAUUCUUUUUUUGUGAUUAUUUUCUGUAAAAUCUGUUGAAGGCUAGUAAAUUUAGUGCAAGUCGAAAUAAUG